UCUUAUAUCGGCGACCGGCGCCUGUGACGGACGUACACACGGUCUCAUUAACAUAAACAAACGUUUAUUUAUUUGUCAUUUCAAGUGACUUUGGAUACAAAUGACUGUUGCCGAUUCGGAUGUUUGUCUGUGUAUUAAAUGAUUUUUAUUCGACAAGUGCGCAUGUGUUUCUGUGAUGUAUUUUUAUGCGAAUGGAUUGCUGUAAUAAAGAUUAACACGAAGUGACCUGGAACAUCUAUGUCGCGCUGAAAGCUGUUGUUGUUAACACAAGAUGACAAAACUAUAUCAUUGUGAUAAAAUCGGCAAUGAAUCAAGAUCUCUGCUUUAAAGCAAUAAUGACAUUAAAAAAGAAAAUGUUGCUUCUAAGAUUAGAAUUAACUUGACAAGUGAUAUUCAGUGCCUAACUGUGAUAGUUGAAAGCAAUGUAAAUUUUUAAACUAUACACAGAUAUAUUAUUGUAGUGGGACUAGAUAAUGUUAUACAAUUAGGACUUUGAAUGAUGCCUGAUCGGGAGUCGGUAGGGGGUCCUGGCACUGGCAGCGGUGGUUUUUUGCCACUACAGUUCCCAUCAGCGUUCGCGGCUUUCCACGCUUCAACACCACCUGGUGCAGCAACCACAGCAAUGCACCACGCAACACAUUAUCAUCACCAUGCACAGUUAGCAGCGGCAGCAGCAGCGGCAGCCGGGGCUACCAGCGAGUUGAGUUACCUCGCAGCACUGCAUCCCGCCUAUCGUCCCGUACCUUAUGAUCAUCCUCUGUACGGGGCUAAUACUCUACGUGGUUUGGAAUAUUUGAGUGCAGCUAGGAGUUUGCAUCCGGAAUUACAUGCAGGGAGUACAUUAGCCAGUCAAGAUUUUCAACUUAGUCUGGAAGGAUCGAGAAUAGCAUCUCCCAAUCGUUUGAGGUUAUCCGGCGGGGCAAUAGGUGCGUCGGCAAAUAGAAAACGAGCAGUUUCAUGGAGUCCCUAUUCUGCUGAGUCGUUAGACCUGGCAGCUGUCAUCAGAGCAUCACCUGCUAGCUUGGCUGUCAGAGCACCUUCAGCGGCUUCCACUGGCAGCUAUGGACACCUUAGUGCUGGUGCAAUAUCUCCGGCGCUAUCGUUGUCACAUGCGUCUCUCGCUCAACAACUUUUGGCGAGAGGUGGUGUGGGUGGUAGCAGUGUGCUGUCUGGUGGUGUGCUGCUUGAUCCUGCUCAUCAACAGGCUGCGGCAGCUGCGGCUCACCAUGCUGCCCAUGCGCAUCUUGUCGCCGGGAUCCACCGAUCUCAUAUAUCUUCACCGACUCAGCUCCUCAUAGGUGGCCCAGUGGAUGUUCGAAAUGGUUUGGGUUUAGAUGGAACACCUCCUCAUAUGCAACAGCCACCACAGCAACCCGAAAUCACUAGCGUCAUGGAAGCGGAUAGUGCAUCAACAGCAUUAACGCAGCGCAAAUCGCCCCAAGUAUUGGUUUCUCAUAGAGACAAUAUGCAUGGCAAUAAACCUUUAUCAGCAGCUGCCGAAAGUACUGUACAUGACGGGCUUGACUCUAAGGAUGAGCCUGGGGACUUUAUAGAGACAAAUUGUCAUUGGGUUGAUUGUAAACUUGAGUUUCCAACGCAAGACGAUCUCGUAAAACACAUUAACACAGAUCACAUCCAUGCUAGUAAAAAAGCCUUUGUCUGUCGCUGGGUUGGAUGUUCCAGAGAUGAAAAACCUUUUAAAGCUCAAUAUAUGCUGGUAGUUCAUAUGAGAAGACAUACAGGAGAAAAGCCCCAUAAAUGUACAUUUGAGGGUUGCUGCAAAGCCUAUUCGCGUUUGGAAAAUUUAAAGACUCAUCUGCGGAGUCAUACCGGAGAGAAACCUUACACCUGCGAGUAUCCUGGAUGUGCGAAAGCUUUUUCCAAUGCCAGUGACCGUGCUAAGCAUCAGAACCGAACGCAUAGCAAUGAGAAGCCGUACGUGUGCAAAGCUCCAGGAUGUACGAAAAGAUACACAGAUCCAUCAUCUCUCAGAAAACACGUGAAGACGGUACAUGGCGCAGAAUUUUAUGCCAGUAAAAAACAUAAAGGUUGUAGUCGUGGGGAUGACUCAGCAGAAUCUGGUGGAGGUUGUGCAGGUUCUUCACCGCGAUCGGAAGAGGGAGGUGCUCUUAUCAGAGGUCACACCUCUUCAGCCUCCGUCAAGAGCGAAAGUCCGGCUUCACCGCUACCGCUCAUGCACACGGCCGCACAUCAGCUCUCAGCACAGUGCGGUGGAGAUUUGGAUUUUGGUGGUUCAGGACUAGGUGGUUUUAGUGACGAACACGGAGCCCCAUACUUCCGACUUGAUGGUGAUGUGGAACAGGAAGUGGUUGGUGAGGUUGGUCAGCUUCCACUGAUGCUUCGUGCGAUGGUUGCUAUUGGAGAACCACGACAUGGACCAAGAUUUGGUAACAAAAUGGCCCUUGGAAGACUAAUGCCUUCUGUACAUGAUAUGGGUGCCGUUCAAGGAAGAACAGAAUUAGGCAGCACUAACGUAGCAGUCGAACUGAAGACUGGACUCCCAAAUACAAGAAGGGAUUCCGGAAUUUCAUCAGGAAGCAGCUUAUAUAGUGCGAGAUCUUCAGAUAUUUCACGCAAAAGUAGUCAAGCAUCUGUAGUGUCAGGUGCAGUUGCUACAACUAUUGGCAUUGCUGGACCCCAGAGGCUUGCCUCUCAACAUACUAACGUAUAUGACCAACUAUCACCUGAUAGUAGCCGAAGAUCUAGUCAAGUUUCAUGCGUAGGAUAUGCACCACCACCAUCAUCAGCUUUGGCAGCAGUACAAGCUGUAAGAACCUCGCAAGGCCAUCAGGCUGUAUUACUACGCGGUGUGACCUGUUCCGAAGUGAGAGCAGAAGAAUUGGCUCUCGAAUUAGAUCCCAAUGUGCAGGUUAAAGAAGAAGCUAGAAGACUUUCAGAGCAAUCAAAUCUAAGUGACCAAGCUCAAAGCUAUCAACCUUAUCCCUCUAAUAAUGAUGACGUGGGUGAGACUCCAUUCCCGUUUAAAACAGAAGAUGACCAUGAAAUAGCCUAUAAGGAAUCCCGUUCAAAUUCGACUAACACCGUUGUUAUUACUACAGCCCAAGUUCAUCACCCAAAUCAAGAAGUAAAUCUAGAACAGGUUGCUGAAGGAGAAAUGGUGGAGAACAAGCUGGUGAUACCAGACGAAAUGAUGCAAUAUCUUAACCAAUCAAUAUUGGGAACCGACUCGGUAACACCAGCCAAAACGGACUCUACCAACCUUAAACCUGAAGCAAGUAAAGACAAUGACACAACCAAAGACAUUUUAACCAGUGAAACACAAACAAACAAUUCCAGUGACAAAAUAAGUGAUGUCGCUACUAGUGACGAUUCUCUUCUAAAAAAUCUAGGUGCCAUAGGAAGUGAUCUCAACAUAAGUGAUAUUCAAGUCGAUUUAAGGUCUUUAGACGUUAGUAUGUCUGGUAAUAGUGGCUCUCUUUUAGCUGCCAAAAGUCCAGAUGAAAAGAAUCCUCCACUUCAAGAACAGGUUAUAUCUGAAGUUGCAAAUGAAAAAUGCGAAGAUUACUUAAAACCAACCGCUAAUAAUGCAGCUAAUAAUCCUUUGCAGUCAUUGCAAACGAUGGCUGCCAAUCAAACUGAGCAAUCGAACAGAAUGAGGAUUAAUAAUUCUCUACCUCAAAAGCCAGCUAUUAGUCCUAAGACUAUUAUUAUGACACCUCAAACAGUUAUGAGUCCUAAUUUGGUCCAUAGUAUGUUAAGUCCACAGAGUCUACCACAUAGUUCUAUGAGUCCACAGAGUAUAAGAAGUCCACAGCAUAUGCCACCAGGUAUAAUGAGCCCUCCAAGUAUAUAUAAUGUUAUGAGCCCUCAGAGUGUAAUGUCUGUUAUGUCUCCACAACAUAAUGCUAUGAGUCCACAGAGUAUGCCAAGUUUAAUGAGUCCGCAAAUGCCUAACCAAAUGAUGAGUCCGCGUAACAACAACAUUGCAAGCCCUAUUACGCAAAACAUGGGAAGUCCAAUGAUGAAUAUAACCAGUCCUCUGAAUCAAAACAUAGCAAGUCCGAUGAGCCAUGGAAUGCCUAGUCCAAUGCAUCCGGGUCUCCAAAGCCCUAAUCCUAUGGUACAAAACCUCUCUAAUAUGCCAAGAAAUACACAAGCGAUUCAAAAUCAAAAUCAACACCACAUAAUGAAUAUGAAUCAAACACAGCAAUUGGCGCAACAACAAGCAUAUAAUAAUCAUCAGAAUUGUAAACUCCCAAGCAAAAAUUACAACAAUGUUCCUAACCAAUACCAAAACCAAACAUACACUCAAGCAGCAGCAUAUCCUACGCAAAAUCAAAUGAAUAUAAAUAUGAGACAUCAAAAUUUACAGCAAUACCAAAUGAUGCAGCAAUUUAAUCAAAACCAGUCACAGAUACCGAUAAUGCCUCCAAAUAAUUCGAAUAUGGCUUACGGCAACCAAAUGAUAAAUUACGCUCAACAUGGCAGUUAUACAAACCAGAGUAAUCAAUUGCAUCCGAUGCAAAUAUCGAGGUCUUCUAUGAUGAGCGUCGACAAUAGCGGCAAUAUGAACCGAGGGUCGUUAAAUGGUUAUUACGAACAGACAAUGAGUCCGUCUGCACAGAAUCCUCAGUACAAUCAAAAUGUACAAUAUCCAGCUCCACCGCCAUACAACGCGGUGAACAAUGCAGCAAAUGUAAUGGGUCCGCCGCCACCUAAAAACAAUCAUCAAUAUAAUCAAGCCAUGAUGAACAACAAUCAAUAUUAUAACAACCAGAGAUCUUACAACCAAUGGGACUAUCCGGGUAAUCAGUUCAAUAAACAUAAUAUGCAAAAAUCGACACAAAACUCAGUCAACAUGUCAACUGGUAGUCAGAAACCUGUCAUGAACGGUACAAGAAUAUCAAUGAAUUGCAACCAAAUAAUGAAAAAUCCUGGCGAACAAACUGAUUGUAGCAUGAACAGCUUACGGAGUCAAAAUAACCAGGCUGAUGUUCAAGUGUGGGAUAUAUCUCAAUCUCAAAUAGAGGCUACGAACGGUAGGAAGAAAAAUCAGAAUACUAUGCGUCAAGAAACUUAUCAACGGACUUUAGAAUACGUUGAGAGUUGCGAAAACUGGAAGAGUUCUGAAAUAGUUUCUAGCAGUACACAUCCUCUACAAGGCGGAGACAAUAUGGUUGUCAACGACCUCAGGACUUCCUUAUCUUCGUUUUAUGAAGAGAAUCAAUAUUUGCAAAUGAUUCAAUAAUAAAUAAUCGUACGGGACAAAAAUCAUAGAACAGUUCCCUUAUUUUGUUAUUUAGCUCUGCUCUGAGAGACUGAUUAAUUUUAAAUUCUAAAUUAGUUUUUCGUUUAAAGUACACAUAAGGUCAUCAAAAGACACUCAUAAAUAGUUGUAAAUAAAGUUAAUGAUAACUCGUUCAUUGUCUUCCAAGAGUUUUAAAACAGUGAUGGUAUUGCAUUUUAUAUUGUAACCAAGUGCCUUAUUAUCUGUAAAAUUGUAAAUAUUUUUAUACAUUUUUAAGAAAGCCUUACUCAUUGUAAUAAUGUUCCAUUUUACUGGUGCCUAUUCUAGUAUCCACUAUUGUUAUAUAUAUCAUUUUAAAUAAAGCUCUAAGUUCCCACUGAGAUUACUAAAUAAAAUUUAUCUGUACAAAAAACGUAGACAUAUUUUUUUGGAAAUUUUACAAUUGUUACUGUUAGAAAUAUACCUGGUAGAUUAACGUUUAGGUUAAAUUAGUUAUUAGUAUCGCAAUAAAUGAAGCAGUGUUUCGAAGACAACGAUUCUCCUAGGUUAGUGUUUUAUAUAAUGAGAUUACUAGUUAUAGUUAUUUUUAAUUUUUUUUUUUUUUUUAUUUAAAGAACGACGCACAACGGAAAAGAACAAGAUAGUGUACUUUUUAAUAAAUUAUUGUUUGUAUAAAAAUUUUGUAGACUUUGCAGCCUUAUUUUUAAUAAAUUUAUAAAUAAAUUACUUUUAAUUUUU